GUCCCAGCAGCUGUUGAUUGUCGCCCGGGACAGCUGCAAUUAUUUAUAUUCUUUUUUUGAUCUAAAUAUAUACAAAAAAAGAGAUAUUUGUUGAAAUUUUAUUUAUAAAAUUACCUUUUGGUUAUUAAUUAUUUCAGUGGUUUAAAUUGAAAUGUGUUGAUUGAAAUUAUUUGUUAUUUAUUAAUUUACUAAUUUUGUUGGUGAUAUUUAUGCAUUUAAAUCGACUUUGGGGUUAUAUUUAGAAUGGCUCAGUUGAAAGAAUUUUCUGAGAAUAAAAGGUCUGAGGUUGAAGAUUUUAGUGACAGUGAUAUUGAGAGCUUUAUCAAAGGUAAAGAAAAUAAUGAUAGCAAUGCUGAGAUCAAUUGUGGAGAAAAAACUCCUGUACAAAACAGAAGCACAAAUAAAAAUAAUUCGAUAUUCAAUACUAUUUCGAAAAUUGUUAAUCGCUCUACUAAGGUCCCAGAGAUCACGGAUUUUAAAAUAGUAAAGCCGAUAAGCCGAGGAGCCUUUGGGAAAGUUUUUUUGGGGUACAAGAAAACGAACCCGGACCAAGUUUACGCAAUAAAAGUAAUGAAAAAGAACGAGAUGAUCCACAAGAACAUGGCUUCGCAGGUAGUUAUCGAGCGUAACGCUCUUGCAAUCACCCACAGUCCAUACUGCGUCCAGCUGUUCUAUUCCCUGCAAUCUCACAGCUGCAUCUAUCUGGUGAUGGAGUACAUGGUCGGCGGGGACUUGAAAAGCUUCCUGGGUAAUGUAGGCUACAUGGACGAGUCAAUGGCAAUGUUCUACACUGCGGAAGUUUGCCUCGCCUUGGAGUACCUUCAUUCUCACGGAAUAGUCCACAGAGACCUAAAGCCGGACAACAUGCUCCUCUCUCGAGAAGGUCACGUUAAGCUUACCGAUUUUGGAUUGAGUCGCAUCAACGCUCUUCACCGUGACUUAGAAAUCUCUGACCUCGUAAAUCAUACUCCCACUACUGCGAAUUUCUUAGCUCGGACACCUGGACAAUUGUUAUCGCUUACCUCUCACUUGUCAUUUGGCUCCGGGAAGUCUUCAAUAGACCUCGACGGGUCCAUUACUGAAAUUGACACUUCAGUAUCACAAAAUUUACUAUCAGUUUUGGAGAAAAAGGCCGACAGCAGCCACAUGUCUGGGGUGGAUCCGUUUCAAUCAGCAGGUGACAUUGAAUACGAUGCUGACGAGGUUUUCGAGGCACCCAGUGGAGGAAGCAGCUACCACACCGCUGAAUCCUCAAGAAAGUUAUCUACAACUAGCAGAGACACCGAGUCGACUUUUGAGGGUGACUCCAGGAGCAUAAACAGCCCUUCAUCAAAUUUUUUGGUCUCGUUUUCUCUAGGAACUAAAAGAAAAAGAGGCUCAUCCUCGACGGGACUCACCAGGGAAAUUCUUUUGAUGGGCCUGGAUGCUAAUUCGACUCCCAAAAGACCCAACAGAGGACUAUUGACCAGGACAGGAAGCUUUAGUGGAGAAAUUCUCGGAAGAAUAGACGAAAAACCGGAGACCGUAAAAUACAAAAAUGAAGUUCGAGUUGCUUUUAGUACUCCGGUUUCUUCUCAUUUUUCUAGACAAGGAUUAAGACAAGAAUUGGGCGGUCUAGGAAAAGAUAAAAAAGAGACGAGAUUUGAGCUUCCAGAGACAUCUUCUGCUGCUGCUGCUGCUGCUGCUGCUGCUGCUGCUGCUGCUGCUGCUACUGGAGAACGGUCACCACAAGGAAUUUCUCCGAUAAAAACUCCUGCGGGAAGUUUACAAGAUGCUAAUUUUACAACACCAUAUAGAACUCCGAAAAGUGUGAGGAGAGGGGCAGACAAAUCGGACAGCAGGAUUCUUGGUACUCCUGACUAUUUGGCACCAGAGUUACUCAGGAAGCAAGGUCAUGGCGCUGCGGUAGACUGGUGGGCACUGGGGGUCUGUUUGUAUGAAUUUUGUACGGGGAUUCCUCCUUUUAAUGAUGAGACACCACAGAAGGUUUUUGAGAAUAUUUUAAAGAGGGACAUUCCUUGGCCUGAAGGCGAUGAGAUUUUGGGAAAACACGCGAUUCAAGCGAUUGAUAGCUUGUUGACGUUGGAUCACAAGGAGAGGCCGACGGCUAAGGAGGUCAGGAAAAUGGAGUUUUUUAGUGAAUUUCCUUGGGAUAAACCUGAAGAAGCUGUGCCCCCUUUUGUACCCAAGCCUGAUGAUAAUUGGGAUACUUGUUAUUUUCAAGCUCGAAAUAUAAUGCAGCAUCUAAAUGUUAGCAGCUGUGAAAGUUGAACAAGCGGCCAAGGGUUUCUGCAGUGUGUAAAAUAAAUAUUUUUUUAAGUAGUAAACCUUAUUUUUUUAAUGAAUUGUAUGUAAAUUAUAAGCGUAAUAAUAAG